AUGGACGAUUCCUGUGAAGCGUUCAAGAGCCUGUUCUUGCUGCUCGGGCUCUGCCAAUCUAGGACUUCAGUCAAUGAUGAAAAUGCCGGCGACGUCCCUGUCUUCAACCCUGAAGUGGUCAUCGCCCACUGCUUCAAGCAGUUCAAGCAGGACGACUUCCACCUGCCUCAAAGCCGCCGGCGGAUCAUCAUCGCACCUCCCAGGGAGGGUCAGACAUCCAUCAGUCCCACACCCCAACCCCAGGCUGCCCCACAGCCCAUCCCCAGCUUCAAAACCCCAGAAGCUGGAGAUAUCCAAGAACAACUGGAGGAUAGUAAGACCUGGCUGAGCAAGAGGGCAAAGCUACGGAAGGAUCUGGAGUCCUUUGGCGACGUAAGGAGGUGGCUGGAGAACAAGCCCAGCUUCACGGCUUUGGAGGCCAAGGUCUCAAACAUGAUCCACGAGGAGCAGAACGUCCAAUCGGAGGCCCCCGCGCCUACUCCCAGGACUGCCAAGAAGAAAGCCCCCCGACUCUGCCGCCGAAUGGUGCCCCAGCUCCAGCUGCCCAAGCCCUCCGCCCUGUUGGCGCUGUUCUCCCACCUGCAUGGCCGCAAGAUCAAGGUCCUGGAGAUCUUCAACAAGGUGGACCGUGGCGAGAACCAGAGAAUCACCAGGGAGGAGUUCAUAGCAGCCGUGAAGGCAGUCGGAGUCCCUCUGAAGAACCAAGAGGUGGAGGAUAUAGUAAUCUAUCUCAGCUCUCUUGGGAAGCACAACGCCAUCACCCUGGAUACCCUGGCCAACACCUACAAGCAGUGGUCUGUGGCCCAGCAGAGGAGCACCCUUCCCACUGCGCGGGAGUGGUACAUCCCAGCCAAGCACAGAGCUUCCCCAAAGAGCCUGCCCAAGAAGCAGGCUGCGGAUCCAGACCCACAGCCUGGCCAGAUGGACCUGCUGACGGUGCCUGUGGUUGACACGCAGAUGGAGGCGCGGCCCAUGACCCUGGAGGAGAUGGAGGACGUGGGCAAACGGUACUGCCAGUGGAAGCGGCAGCACAAGAUCUCCACGCCCUCCAUCCAGUACACGGAGCGGUGCCGCCUGGUGCGCUGCGGGAACAAGCACUUUGACGAGCACUGCCUGCCGUCCACCGUCCCAGGGGAGAUGAACAAGCUCGUUGGCUUGUCCCGCAGGGACACCUUUCUGGUCUACCUGCAAUGCUGGAAGCUCUGUGAGUCCUAUGGCCUCCCUCUGACGGAGGACAUCCUCAUGAAAGCGCUGCUCUACCCAGGAGACAAGAUCGUUUUCCAGGAGGACCAGGUGCGCCCGAUCCGGCAGCCCGGAGGCUACUACUCUGACUGGAAGGUCUUCCCUCCAAACCUGGCUCUUCUCAGGUCCCAGGGCCUCAGACAGUCUGCGGCCAAGAAGACUGACAAGAAAAUGCCGAAGAAAAUCAAGAAAAUGCACUUUAAGGAGUUUGAGGAAUUCACCAGGAAGCUGAAGGUGAAGAGGCCCAGUGGUUUGCAGCGAACCCACCCCAAUUCCUUCUGGCCGGGGCACCUUCUGGAUAAGCUGUAUCUCUACCUGCCCACCGUGGCCACUGACCGGAGCCUGGCACUCUUCAGUUGUAUCCACCCCCAGCCCCGUGUCUACCCAGCCACCUACCACCCUGACCACUGGUGGCCCUUUAGGGAGACAAGCUACAUGACCUGUGCCCACUAUGAUGCUGCCAAGGUCUACUACGUCAACUAG